AUAGGUGGCGAAAAACUGUUUGGAAAACGGUGUACAACGAAAGAGGGAGUUUAUUCAGUGAUAGCACGGUUUUGGUAAGUGUUUCAACAAAGUUGUUUUUUCAUUCCCAAAAAAUCAAAAAAUAACCGCUUAAAGACCUUAGCGACGGGGCACAAUGGCAUGGAUACCGCACACGAUACCGAGGUCAACGUUACACGCUUUUUCCGCGAGACAGUCGUCGGACGUCACGGACGCCACGGAUGGUAACGGUAUCAGAUCGGACGACUUCGGGUGGGCGCGACGGACGCCGAAGCCACUGUGGACGUUGACGGUGGAUGCGAUGGCCGCCGAUUUCGCACUGUUCCCGCGCGCGCUGAUGGACGCGUUGACCCCGACGAACGCGGCGUACCUGGCUGAGACGCUGGAUACCGGAUUGCCAGUGGCCACGGUCGAACACGUUCUCGUGGACGAAUAUUGGCGCCGGCGGCUCAACCAACUGCCACUGCGACAGCGACCGAUCGGAGCGCCCGUGACCGCUGUCGCUGAGCCGGCCAGGACCGUGUGCCUGAACGAGCUGGCCAGCCGUGCCGUAGAGGACUUGGAAUCGGGGCGCACAGCCGAAGGGUGGCCGGAUGAGCUGUUGGUCUUCGGCCGGCACGUGACCGCGCUGCGCGUGGGCCAGUUGCGCACAUCCGAACCGGCCGACCGCAACGACAGCACGUUCGGCGACCCGGUGCGCGCGGACGUCGGCGCCGUGCUCGGUGGUCUGCCCGAGCUGCGGUCGCUGAGCCUGUGCUUCGGCCUGCCACCGCUAGGCGCCCGGUACCACGGGCUGACUGUGGCCGAUUUGGACGCGUUCGGCCGCGGCCUGACCGCGCUGCCCCGUCUCACCGCGCUGGCUGUCACGGGAAGCCGCGUGGACGCGACGCGGUUCGAAACGUUAUCGCCACACCUGGCGUUGUGCGACCGGCUCGAGGAAGUCGACCUGUCGCACUGCUGGCUGAAGUGCGCGGGUGCCGCGUCCGUGGCCUGUUACGCGGCCACGGCCCGUUCAUUGCGGUCGGUCACGCUACGCGAUAACGGCGUGGCCGCGGACGGCGUCCAAUCGCUGGCGUUCAUGUCCGUGGCCAGGCGGCGAAACGGUUAUCCGGCGAUCGAGUUGAAUUUAGGCAUGAAUAACAUUACGGAUAUCGGUGCCAGAUAUUUAGCAUCCGCGUUAGCGUCUGGAACCCAACCAUUUACUAAACUUCGGAUUGGUACUUGUAACAUAUCCGAGGUCGGAGGCGUAAAUAUAGUUGAAUCAUUAGCAUAUGACCAAGGAUUGCGUGCAUUGGAAAUGAAUAAUAAUCCAUUAACAUUGAAAGUCGGUAUUGCAUUACACGCGGCGUUGAAAACGAAUUUCAAUAUCGAAUAUUUGUCGACUCAAAAUUGCGAAUUUCCGGCUAGAAUGGCACAGUUCUUCAACACCAUAGCAUAUUACAACCGAAACAAUAAACGUACUAAAUUAAAAUAUUUAAAUAUUGAGGAUUUAUACGAUGAAAUCGAAGAGGAAAAUGUUUCCAGCGAGUGA